AUGGACAAUUGGUUUGAGCGCAUUGCUGAGAUUUGUAAGAAAAUGCUCAAGCCCAUUGUAUUAGUGGGUUUAGCCGUCAUCUGUCUUGUCGCUGUUGUUGCAUUAUGUACUACUCGCAAUCCAGUCGACAUUGACAGAACACAAACUCAUUCAAGUGUAGAAGAAUCAUCCGAGAUCAGUGACAAUAACAUUCCAACAAUAGCAAAUUAUAGAGCUCUCGCUGAAGCCCUGAAAACGUCAUCGUCUAAGCAAAAUAUAUUAAACUUAUCGAAAGAUAUCUGUUCAGCAUUUGAAGCUCUGUCAACAGACAAGACAAACUCAAGUUGGAAAGACGAUUUAAACACAAUUUCAAAGGUCUUUAGCGAUUUCUUUAGUGAACUGAAAGAGGCAAAGAAGAUUAUCGAAAUUAUGCCAAUCAAGAUUGAACAUCCACGCUUCAUUCAAUCUCAUCGUAAUGCUGAAUCUCAUAAUAAUUACUAUUACGCUGAAGACGAAUCUACGAAACAUACAAUUUGGCUUGAAGGAUCCAUUGCUUUGCUACCUAAGCCAGACCAAAGCAAGGUUCGGAAUAGAAUACCUGGGGAUUGGGUGAUCUUUAAUUACUAUGAUAAGAAGAAAAUACCGAUACGGUUUUUUUAUACUAUUAGUAACAAUGAUAUGCAGUUAUGGUAUGAGCAGUUUGUGAAAAUGUGCAACAGUAUAAUUCUCAAAUCAAUAGAUAACACAAAGUAA